AUGACCGGUAAUAAGGACUUCCGCGACCAGCUGGGCAAGUUUCGCUUGGAUUCCAUCAACAGUUAUACCCCCUCCCCGACCUGGCCGCCAGCCUACCCCGAGUCCGUAGACGCCGCCAGUCCCUCGCGCAGCAAACGAGUCUCGACAGCCUGCGACUUCUGUCGCAAAAGGAAGAAGAAAUGUGACUUUCGAUACCCCAAUUGCUCGGCCUGCACACGCGCCGGGUUGGAGAACCUACAAAAAAGAGUCCGGUGGUUGGAGGAAGUCGUCCGACGCAAAUCCGGUCUGUCGGUUGCCGAAUUGGCGACCGGUACACCUGUCGAUGGUGAAGGGGACCCGGAUUGGUGGUAUCAGGUUCCCGCCAUGAUCGCGACCGGCGGCACCCGACCCUCGACCUCAUUGUCGAGCCCGACCGCUAGCGGCUCCUCCGUGACUGCGGGCCCCUCGGAGGCCUCCACUGGUGUAGGAGCUGAGCUCCCGAAUGUUGGGGAGAUUUUUCGCGAUCAGCUGGAACAUCGACGACCGUCGGUGGCACGGCCGUCUUCCGCGCCGCGGGUCAUGCGCUUGUCGUCGCUGGAGGAGGCUGAACGGUUAGCCGGACAAUACUUCGACAGCAUGGGGUACCAAUACCCCUUUAUGUCACGUCCGGAGUUCAUGGGUAAUCUACACCAUAUCUAUACGGGCGGUGUUCCGACGCCGGAAACACACAAUUCAUACCACAUUAUCAUGGCGAUUUCGCUUUUGAUAGGAUCGGCAGAUCCGACCAAGGCAGCGGAGUUCUACAAUGCCAGCCAGGAGACUCUCCCCAUGGCCUUGCAGAAUGAAGACUUGCCUGCCGUGCGAGCGCUGCUAGGACUGGCCCUGUAUACUAUGUUUGCCACUGCUGGGCCCAGCAUUUGGCAUGUGCUCGGCGCGACAAUGAGGCUGGCGACCAGUAUCGGUCUGCACAAAGCGCGGCCGUAUGCUAGCAUCGCGGAGGAAGAGAUGUCGAAGCGUGCCUUUUGGAGUCUCUACAACUUGGACCGUCUCAUUGCCAGCACCUUGGGCCGGCCGUUGGGCAUUGCCGACGACGACAUAAGUGUGGGCCUUGUGCGCGAACUGAAUGACGAUGGAACUGAAGUGCCUGGUGCAAGCGGGAUGACUAUCCCGCUGCAAGUCAUUCGCUUGCGGCGAAUUUUCUCACGAAUAUACCAAUAUUUAUACAGCAGUCUCCCACGACCACCACCCCAGGAAGUGGUCAUCACCCUCAGCCAAUUCCGCCGAGAGGUUGAUGAAUGGCGCAUGGCGGCCCCAGUUUAUCCAUCAGCACUUCUUUACUCUACUUCAUAUUACGACUAUCUCUAUUACACCACAUUACUUCUGAUGUACCGCCCCAGCCCUCGAAACCCGACACCAGAUAUCACCAGCAUCGUCAGCUGUGGUGACUCCAGCAUCCAAGUCAUCAGGUCCUACUGGGACAGCUAUUCGAUUGGCAAGUUGAAAUGGAUAUGGCUCACACUUAGCCAAUUGUAUUUUGCUGGAAUCACCAUUCUUUGGUGCCUUGAACAGAACGCAAGAUCACUGCGCGAGUCCCAGCCAGCACCAUGGCAUCCGGAAGAACAAACAAUGCGCCGUGGAAUCCAAGCAGUCGUCGUACUCUUGGAAGAAUUUGGCAAGCGUCGGCCAGGAGUCGACCGACUGGCAGAGACUUUCCGACACCAAAGUACAAUGGUCUUCAGCCAAAUGGCGUAUCAACAGCAUCAGCUCGAACAACAACAGCAACAUCAUCCACAAUACCAUCCACCUCCUCCACCUACACUUAUUCCCCCGCAGCCUUCACUGCCUUUGGCUGCACCACCGCCACCGCCGGUCCCACUGGCCCCCGUUCUCGACGACGUGUUACUCGUGGAUAGCAGCGGGACGAUCCCGAUGAUCGAUCCACAGAUGGCGGACCAACUUUUCUACUCCUAUAAUUGGUUCCAGGAGGAGAUGGCAUCAUACUAUACCCUUUGA